AUGAAAACAAAUGUGUUGAAGCAACACAAUGUACAGUUUAUGUAAGACACACUAAAUUAACAUUCACAGUAAAAACAAUGUGUUGAAGCAUCACAGUGUACAAUUGUUAACCCUUUCACUAAUGGUGAUGUAUUGGUACAGCUUACCAGCCAAGGUUAAUGAUGUACUAAUACUCCAGAAUUCUAGCAGCUUCAAAUCUAACUGGAGAAAGCUAGUAGACCUACAUGUGAGAGAAUGGGUCUGCAUGGUUAUGUGUGCAGUAUAAAAGAGAUCCUUCAGGACGCAGUGCGUGAGAAAAAAACUCUGACCAUGUUUUUGGUUUAAAACGCUGACUUUGAGGUGGAUUUUCAUGUGGCAUUGAUGGUUAUAUUCUCGUUUUCUUGGUUGCAUUUGAUAGAAUGGAAGAUAUGUUACAGAAAUAGAGAUGAUUUUGAUUGGUUUCAUGAUGAAAAGUACCUUGAAAUUGAGCUCAAUGUAGUGAAAAUGUUCGAUUUUUGCUGAUAUUCAAGAGUAAACAAAUGACGUCACCAUACAGUAUGUGUCCAAGUGGCCAGUAUAAUGUGCAAUCAUGAAUCGGUUGGCAUUAAUUAUACAAUUAUUGCAAUAAUGCAGUAGUCUGCAUAAUAAUAAAUCUAUUUUUUGUAUGAAUAAAAAAUUAAUGUCUGUAUUGUUUAUUCUGGACCGUAUUUUGAAACUGGUAUCUUUUGAAAUUUGUGAGAAAUUGGCCAGACUGCCAAUUUCUGACCACUUUAUUGGGUAAUUGAAAUCGGUAAAUGGGCGGUUUCUUGUACUUAGUCAAUAGAACAAAUGGAGUUCUAGCAAAAAACUAUGAGUUUGGUCAACAGGAACAAUGGAAUUAGAUGAAAACAGGUCUCAAAGUUGGCAAAAUCGCCAAUGCAUAAAUAUCGCCGAGACUGCUAACUUCACAGGAGCAUAAUUCUGUAAGUUUUCCAUCAAAUUUCAUACUUUUGGUGUCAUUUCCAUUGUGAAAAUAUUCUUUAUCACUUCAUAAGAGAAAAUAAUUUUUUUUUUAAUUUUUCAACACUGAGAGCAAGUUUGUGAGCAGGGGUCUCGACAGUGAAAGGGUUAACAAAGGAGGCACAUUAUAUCAACAUUCACACUUGCUAAAACAAUCUUCCUUACAACUACCUCACUGUGUAUCUCUGACAAGAUUUAUGAUGGGCAAAAUAAAAAUUUGGUUUUCAGUGUGUCUAAAAGAGAUUUCUCAAAAAAAGAAUUUAGUUCAAAGUAUGAGAACUCAUACUGAAGAGAAACCAUAUCAGUGUUCAGGAUGUUUAAAAGACUUUUCUCUUAAAAGGGAUUUAGUAACACACAUGAGAACUCAUACUGGAGAGAAACCAUAUCAGUGUUCAGAAUGUCUGAAGGACUUCAAUCAAAAAUCACAUUUAGUAAGUCAUAUGAUAAUUCAUUCUGGAAAGGAACUAUAUCGGUGGUCAGAAUGUCUAAAAGAUUUUAAUCAUGAAAAGGAUUUAGUAAGACACAUGAGAAUGCAUACUGGAGAGAAACCAUACCAGUGUUCAGAAUGUCAAAGAGACUUUUCUGAUAAAUCAAAUUUAGUUCGUCACAUGAGAACUCAUACAGGAGAGAAACCAUAUCAGUGUGCACAUUGUCUGAAACACUUUCCUAGUAAAAGUGAUUUAGUAAGACACAUAAGAACUCAUACUGGAGAGAAACCAUAUCAGUGUCCAGAAUGUCUGAAGGACUUUAAUCGAAAAUCACUUUUAGUAAGUCAUAUGAGAACUCAUACUGGAGAGAAACCAUAUCAAUGUUCA